UCCCUCGCCCUCUGCUGCUCCUAGUUGUGGAGUUAGCAAAGCUAACACUCUUUUCCGUGCAAACCCAGUGAUUUCUUCAGGUAUGUUAAAGAAAUUAAAAUUAUGCGUUUAAUUUGUGAGCUUAUUGUUUCCCGAGUGACUAACUGCAUUAGCUGCAGGCGGACAUUCAUAAAAAGCAGCUGCAGGUCAGCGAUGGCUCUCACACAGGUGUCCUCCAACAAGUGUGCCGGCGGCUUGCAGAAGGUGUUUGAACAUGACAGCACUGAGCUGAAGUGUAAGAUGAAGUUUGCCAUUUAUCUUCCCCCCAAGGCUGAAACAGACAAAUGUCCCGUACUCUACUGGCUCUCUGGCCUGACGUGCACCGAGCAGAACUUCAUCACCAAAGCAGGCAGCCAGCUGGCUGCAGCCGAACACGGCAUCAUCAUCGUGGCGCCGGACACCAGCCCACGUGGCUGCAGCAUCGAAGGUGAAGAUGAGAGCUGGGACUUUGGGACAGGAGCUGGUUUCUAUGUCAACGCCACCCAGGAUCCCUGGAAAACCAACUACCGCAUGUACUCGUACGUCACAGAGGAGCUCCCGAAGCUCAUCAACGCGAACUUCUCCACCGACCCGGACCGGAUGUCCAUCAGCGGGCACUCCAUGGGGGGCCACGGGGCGCUCAUCUGCGCCCUGAAGAAUCCGGGAAAAUACAAGGCCGUGUCUGCGUUCGCUCCCAUCUGUAACCCCAUGCAGUGUCCCUGGGGUCAGAAGGCCUUAACGGGUUACCUGGGAGCCGACCGGUCCACGUGGGAGGCGUAUGACGCCACCGUGUUGGCGGCUUCCUACUCCGGCCCUCAGCUCGACAUCCUCAUCGACCAGGGUCGAGACGAUCAGUUUCUGUCUGCCAGCCAGCUGCUGCCCGACAACCUGAUCGCCGUCUGCUCAGAGAAGAAAAUCCCUGUCGUCUUCAGACUGCAGCCGGGCUACGACCACAGCUACUUCUUCAUCUACUCGUUUAUAAACGACCACAUCAAGCAUCACGCCAAGUACCUGAACGCCUGAGCCGCCGCGGCGCCAACAUCAGUACAAAGUGACCUGCUGCUCUGACUGAACGCCCAGCUACAAUAAUGUCCUGGAACAAUCUGAGGAAAUGUUGCCUUCUGGGUUAAAAGCCCCCUCAGACCUGACCAUGUGAUGGACAAGACCAUGUCUUAUUUCAUUAGAGCUGAAAGUGUCUGUGAACAAAUAGGAAUUCUUUGGAAUAAAAACUCAUUACUCUUUUUUUGCUUUUUUUUUUUUUUUUUUUUUUUUUUAAAGAUCUUUCUUUUUGCCUCCUCUAACAGCUUUGAGCUAUUAGUAACAAAAACACCCUACAGCCCAGCGUCGACAUUUCACUUUUUUUACACAUGUGCUACAAUAAACAAAGAAAAAGAAUAAAAGUGUUUUAAAAUGUUAGAAAUUAAAUCUGCCAGUGGAAUUACUACUUUAUUUUUACCAGUACUAAAGAGGCAGCAUUAUCUAAAAAUCUUCUUUUUUUUUUUUUUUUUACCUUUUCAUGUUAUGUUUCUCCCUAACCAAAAGCCCUUCCCCUUUAAGAAAUAACUUAAAACAAGCUCCUGUAUCUGAAAAGUCACAAGUAAGUUUGUCUUGGUAUUUUUUUUUUCCAAGUGUAAGAUAUUUGCACUAAACAUUGGACAAAAAUAUUUGGUAUAAUUUGUUUUUGCAGUGUAAAUUCAAGAAUAUAAAUAUUCUGUUUUAGACCCAAAUUUCUACAAACGCCUAAAGUUUUUAGAAUAUUCAAGAAAUCUUGAGUACAAAACAUUUAUUUUGUAGGUCUGGCUACUUAUGGAAAAACGAUGUUAUAUUCACCAACCCUCAUCACAUUUUCUAAAUAUUAAAUUCCUCUUAAGAGUUCAUCUUUCCUUUCAUCCUCAUAUAGUUACUUCCAUCCCUCCUUUCCUUUAUUCCUUUAUUUCUUUCGUUUUUCUCCUUCCAGAUGUUCUUUACUUUUUUCUUUACUUUUUUCCCUCAACUGUCGUAAAAUCUGACAGAAAUCACAAGUAAACUUUACUAUUGUACAUUUUGAAAUGAAUGUAAAGGACUGUGAUUCUUGGAAAAAAAAUAUUUAUUUAAUGUAACCUCAGGAAAAUGCUCAACCAGUAAACAGGUUUUAAUUUUUUGCACGUUCCAAAAACCUCCAAUUCUGAAGUUAACUUCCUAUUCGCCAAUACGAUAAAGGGCUAUUUCACUUCUUUUCUGCUACGUAAACUGACAAAUCAGUUCCAUUUUAAUAUAAAUGCGGCUUCCUAGUUUUAUUUAGCAUUUGAGCUAUCCAGACUCUAGAAAUAGUCAUUUUUAGACUUUUGAAUGAAACAAAAUAAAACGUCGUUUUGCAAACCAGUAAUUUACCAUCAGAGAGGAACAGGCUGAAGCCCAGGCUUAUUGUUGCUACACAACUCAAUCAGAAACUCAAUAAAAAAUGAAAAGGAAAAACGUCAAGUUGUGGCGUGACAAAUCUGACCUUAACCAUGAAAUUUUAAUAUAAAUUAAAUCCUAAAAAGCAACUUAUUUUUUUAGAAAUUGAGUUUCUUAUUGACCAAAAAAAAAAAAAAAAAUGGAAUAACAUCAGAUAAUCAAACAUUAUUUGAUCAUUUUUUGUUUCUCCCUUUCUUAAUCAUGUCUGAAAAGCAAAUUUCAUCCCUCUUCAAAUUUUUCCAAGUCUUGAUUUAACGGACGAAUCGUUUUCCCAAUUCAUCCGGUAUUUGUGUCGUGUUGGUAAGGUGCAGCCGGCUCAUAGAAGAUGUGUUUUGUUUCGACAUGUGAGGUCUUUACUGAUAAAGUGAUGAGAAAUACAGUACAGUAUAUACAGUAUUCACAGCAGUUAAGGCGACGUUACAGGGUCAUUUCAUGCACUCUGUACAUUUGACAAAAGUUCAAACUGUUACAAGAGGGCACGUUUACAUCGACAGUUCAGCAAACCUGAAGAGAAGUCACAAAAAAAUAAUACAUUUGCUCCCUGUCAGAAAAGUACAAAAAAACUGUGAGCAUUAAUACAAAAAGAAGAGACGUUUUAAGAAAAACAAAACAGACAAACUGCUCCAACGUUCAGCAGGCACACACACAUUGUGUUCACUGGCAUCACUAUUCUAACCUAAACUCAGCCCAGAUUUUUCUCAGUGGCCAAAAACGAAGACGUAUAAACACAAAACUUUAAAGUGCAGAAACUCUCGGGGGAAGCAGUCGGUUUGGUCUUAUUGCUUUUUUUCCCCCCCUUCCUGCCCCCUGAACCGCUGAGACUCGAUGUGCACCGAACCGAACCGAACCGAACCGUGGAAGACCCAAAACGAAGACUUUUAACGAUCAGAUCCCUUAUUAUCACCCUGGACUUCCUGCUCCUGUCUCCCGCAGCGGUGCCACAACAUCGCCGUGAUCCGUUUGGGCAAAGUCAAUCGUUUUCGACAGGAAUGUUAAAUAUCAGAAGUUUGAAACACGAUUGGUAGCUCUCAGAUUUAUGGGAUUAUACUGAUUUGUGUUCAGCCGAGCUGCCCGUAGUGUUGAAAUACGCAAAAAAGAGAUCAUUUUCAUACAACAAAAACCCCCAGCCUUUCUCAGGUGGAACAUACAGUAUGUAAAGUCUAAACUCUGCACAUCGUGAUAAAUAAUAUGUACAGGUUAUUCUACAAUAAUAAUAAUAAUAAAAAAACAUUUAACAUGACAGAGGAUAUUUCUUUUGGCAACUAUUAAAUCCAUCCAGUGGAAGUCUUUUUUGUGUGUGUCUCUAGUUUCUAAAUUAAAAUUCCUUAUUUUACUGCUGAAUCUGGAAGUGGCGAAAGCUUUGGAAACCAAGAUGGAAAAAAACAACAACAACACUGCAGUUCAAGAAUGUUAAAGUUUCUUUCUGGCUCUCCAGACAAGCUGGAAACAAAAAGCAGAGCAUGUUUUAGCGGAUGCUGUAAAGGGGCAGCUCUAGUUUUUAACUGAUGUUAGGUUUCUACUAAUUUAAUCAUUUUAGUGCCACUGUAGUACCGGCUGCCUGCCUGUGGAGGCAGAUUACAUGAACGCUGAACAUGUUACAGCAAAGCCGCUUUGCUAGGCUAGUGAUUCAGAAAUGCUAACCAAGCUAAUCGAUAAUAUAAGAUGUGAAAGCCCGUUUAAAAUGAAAAUGGCAUGGAGACUGGAAAUGAUAUUUUCUGGGCCUUUUUUUAUUUUUUUAUAUUACAACUCUAUCCAAUAACCAGUGCUGGGUGUUAUUGGUGCAAGUGAAAGUUUUGCAAAACUUUGAAACUGUUCGUUUCCGUUCCUUUCUAUUGAUAAGAGUCGGAUCUCAAAAGAACAUUUUUAAAUAAGUGAAUAAGAUAAAAAUAUUACAGCUGAGCAGGAAGCAGAAGAUGGCUGCUUCUGGAAGUGAAGGAAUGUAAACACGAAAUCUUACCAAGUAUUUUUGGUCUAGUUUUUAAUGGAAAUAAAAAAAUAAAUCAAUAGAUUUCAACUUAUUUCAGUUACACUUGAAAUAAGAAACAUACAAUUAACUUUUCAGCCAGAUAUAGGGGCUUGUUUUAACUGAAGAAUUAUUUAAUAUUCAUAAUAACUGGUUCCACUGGAGGACAUUUUCACUUAUAAUAAGACAUUUUCCCAGUGCUAUAAAUGAAGUAAUCUGCCAGAGAAUUUUAAUCUUUUAAUAUUAAGAAAUUGACUCAUAUCUUGCUGAAAGGUAAGUUAUUGUAAGUGAACUAAGAUAUUUGUACUUGAAACUAACUUAAACGGACCUGUCUGUUUUUUGCAGACAGGUCCGCAUAUUUUCAUCUGCGGUGAGAUAGUUACAAGUACGUCUUCGGUCCGGCACAAAACUGUCCUAAAAUGAUGCCUGCGCUGAGCGAAUAAAAAAAACAAAGCUCAAGAAAUAAAAUGAAACCUGCAUUACGUGUGUUGUAUGCAAGAAGAAUGAUGCUGAACGUUGAGAGGUUCUGCGUUCAUGUUUUAGUUACGAGCGGCGUUUCGUCUCCGUCCUUCAAAACGAUGUGGUUCAAAGUUCAGGAGGUAAAACAUUUUGUUCUCUUACUACAGAGUUCAAUGAGGGCAACAGAUUUUUUUUCUGCCCCUUUAACGCAUCCAUUUUCGCCAGGUCUGCAGAGCAACAUGAUGCCAAAGGCCACACACACACUUACACACACACACACACACACACACUAUAAAAUACUGUUGACGAAGCACGCUGGGUAAUGAGGCAUCAACAGUGCAGUAAACCAAGCCCACCCUGAGUCACACAGUCUGUAAUCUCACACAGCAACAACUCCAGCCUGAAACACACACACACACACACACACACACACACACACACACACACACACA